AUGGAGGCCAUCAAGGCCGACGCGGACCGCAUCGCAAACGACAUCAGCGGCAUGAUGGGCAAGCCCGUCGCGCACGCACGGGGCGAGAUCGGCGGCAUGAUGGAGCGCUGCGAGAUGAUGAUGGCGCUCGCGCCCAAGGCCCUGGCGCCCGACGUGCUCCCGGCGAAGGACAACUUCGUGCGCACCAUCGAGAAGGACCCCGUCGGCGUCGUGCUCUGCAUCGCGCCCUGGAACUACCCGCUUCUGACGACGGUGAACUGCGUGGUCCCGGCCGUCCUCGCGGGCAACGCCGUGGCCAUCAAGCACUCGCCGCGCACGCCCCUCUGCGCCGACGCCUUCGAGCGCGCCUUCCUCGCCGCGGGCGCGCCCGAGGGGCUCGUGACCGCGCUGCACUGCGGCCACGGCGAGGUCGAGGACGUCAUCGCGCGCGAGGCCGUGGGCUUCGUGUCCUUCACGGGGAGCGUCCGCGGCGGCCGCGAGGUCUACGGCGCCGUCGCGAAGCACCGCUUCAUCGACGCGACGCUCGAGCUCGGCGGCAAGGACCCGGCGUACGUCGCCGAGGACGCGGACGUCGCCGCGGCGGCCGCGGGGCUCGUCGACGGCGCGAUGUGGAACGCGGGCCAGUCCUGCUGCGGCAUCGAGCGCGUCUACGUCCACGAGUCCAACUACGACGAGUUCCUGGCGGCGGCCAAGGCCGAGGUCGACGCGUUCGUGCUCGGCGACCCGGCCGCCGCGGCGACGUCGAUGGGGCCCCUCGCGCUGCCGGGCGCGCCGGCCUUCCUCCAGGGCCAGGUCGACGACGCCGUCGCCAAGGGCGCGACGCUCCUCGCCGGCGGCGCGGCGGGGCCCGACGCCUCGGGCAAGGGCCGCUUCUUCACGCCAACGCUCCUCGGCGACUGCGACCACGCCAUGUCGCUCAUGGUCGACGAGUCCUUCGGCCCCGUGCUCGGCGUCGCCAAGGUCGCCGGCGACGACGACGCCGUCGAGCUCAUGAACGACAGCGCCUACGGCCUGAGCGCCUGCGUCUUCACCAAGGACCACGACCGCGCGCUCGCCCUGUCGAAGCGCGUCGCCACGGGCACGUUCUUCCAGAACCGGUGCGACUACCUCGACCCGGCCCUCCCCUGGACGGGGGUCAAGAACACGGGCAAGGGCGUCUCCCUCUCCGAGCACGGCUUCCGCGGCGUCACGCGCCUCCGCAACUUCCACGCGAAGCUCGACGCGUCGGCCUAG